AAGCGUAAGGUACAUUACGCACGUCGUGGAGGGGCGGAUUCGUGCCUUGAGAAUCUGCAUGUCACUCUCGAGUCUUAAGGGGUCUCAUCCCCUGAGGUAAGGCAGGUAGGUAGACAAACACAAACAGCUCUCCCCGAUUUCCUCGACCGGGACUGGACCCUGCGUGGGUCAAGUGCGGACCCUGUUUAUGGACCUACCGGUGCGACCGUCCCAAGCUAAAAAGUGCUCGGGACACUUGAGAGCUCUGAGUUACCGCUCCGUCGUCGUCCGUUUCUUCCUCCUCCUCCUUCACCACCACCGUCCUUUUCCUUUUUACCUGCCUGCCUUCCUCACACUCUCUCUGCCUUCUCUCAAGAUUUCUCUCUCAAGACGUUUUGCUUUUGCAGGACACGCUUUUCUUACAUCGAGUACCAACGCAAGAGACAUGGUUCCUAUACCUAAGUCUAGUGUCAUCCGACGACAGACCAGCUCUCGGCUCCCCAACACCACACGCAACAUUGCCCGGCAACGACACGACCGUUCUACGACCUACCAUUCUGCCGCUUCGUGUGAACCUGAAUGGACCCAAGAUUACACCUAUCGCACCGAUACAUACCUUCACUUGCAAGCGCGCCCUAACCUACCUUGCAACCCGCACUACAACGCCGAGGCGACCAAAAUCCAGCAUGUCCUCUUUCGCAGCCAAGCAAGGCUCCGCCCAGUCGUAAGUUCAAUACCCCAUUCUCGCGAACUUCAAUAGCGCUCCACCGCGCGUUGCUCCAAGAGCACCGUGACUUCUUCUUGGCAUCUCAGCAAAUGUCUCCAAGCCCAGCUCUGCGCCGCCGCGUGAGCAAGUAUGCCAUGCCGGCG